CCCGCACCAACAUGGCAGCCGUCUCCACUGGGACGACUUUAAUUCUCAGUUUUCCAUUCUAGCCGGCUGGUGCCUAUUUCUCUUCAUAAAGCUCUGCGCGCCAGAGGAACUGGGGGAAAGGAAGGGUGGGUUCAGGGGUGAAAGGUGAGAGGGGACGGCAAGCUUCCGGGCCGGCUUCUGGCGAGAGGAAGAUGGCUGAGGUUGAGCGGCAGCCGCCGCCAGAUUCUUCAGAGGAGACCCCUCCAGCUCCUCAGAACUUCAUCAUUCCAAAAAAGGAGAUUCAUACCGUUCCGGACAUGGGCAAAUGGAAGCGUUCUCAGGCAUAUGCAGACUACAUUGGAUUCAUCCUCACUCUCAAUGAAGGUGUGAAGGGGAAGAAGCUGACCUAUGAGUACAAAAUCUCUGAGGCCAUUGAGAAACUGGUUGCUGUUCUCAACACACUAGACAGGUGGAUUGAUGAGACACCCCCAGUGGACCAGCCCUCUCGAUUUGGGGACAAGGCGUACAGGACCUGGUAUGCCAAACUCGAUGAGGAGGCAGAAAAUUUGGUGGCCACAGUGGUCCCCACUCAUCUGUCAGCUGCUGUGCCUGAGGUGGCUGUUUACCUAAAGGAGUCAGUGGGGAACUCUACACGCAUCGACUAUGGCACAGGGCAUGAAGCAGCCUUUGCUGCUUUCCUCUGCUGUCUCUGCAAGAUUGGGGUGCUCCGAGUGGAUGACCAAAUAGCUAUUGUCUUCAAGGUGUUCAAUCGGUACCUUGAGGUUAUGCGGAAGCUCCAGAAGACAUACCGGAUGGAGCCAGCUGGCAGCCAGGGAGUAUGGGGACUGGAUGAUUUCCAAUUUUUACCCUUCAUCUGGGGUAGUUCACAGCUAAUAGACCACCCUUAUCUGGAACCCAGGCAUUUUGUAGAUGAGAAGGCCGUGAAUGAGAACCACAAGGACUACAUGUUCCUGGAAUGUAUCCUGUUUAUUACCGAGAUGAAGACAGGUCCUUUUGCAGAGCACUCUAACCAGCUGUGGAACAUCAGUGCUGUCCCCUCCUGGUCCAAAGUGAACCAGGGUCUCAUCCGCAUGUAUAAGGCUGAGUGCCUAGAGAAGUUCCCUGUGAUCCAACACUUCAAGUUUGGGAGCCUGCUGCCCAUCCAGCCAGUCACUUCGUGCUAG